CUCCGGCUGCCGCUUCGGACCGCCACCCCGCCCCCGCGAACAUGCUACUUCCGCCAUGACAUGCGCUGCAUUUCAGGGAAUAUAUUUGAUAGAUAUAGUCGCGAAAUUUUGAUGGACUAGGUAGCCGCCCCCCUAACCUUAGCUCUGCAACAUAGCUGCCAUAUCUAGUGAUUCUCCGCACUGAGCCCCGAAGACCAGGCAAAGCAACGGCCCCGAUUCCCAGCGUCACAUCUCCCUUCUGACCUGAGCCCUGUGAACGGUUACCACACCGCGAUCAGGACGGCGGCGACCGCCUCAUGCGCUUUCAGCCCGCAGCCCGGUGUCUCGCUCUGACCCAACACUUCCGCAGCCCUCUGAGUCGAUCCUUCUCAUCCUUCAGUAAUCCCGGAGCCAUGGCCGCUGUCAACAACACCUCGCCAUACUCCUCUUUACAAUCCCCUGCUGAUCAGGGCGUGACCCUUGCGGCGCUUCCCAAAUCAUGGCACUUCACAUCCUCACUUCCCGCCGACCCGCUCUUCCCGACCCCGGCUGACAGCCACAAGACGCCCCGCGACCAGAUCGGGCCACGCCAGGUGCGUGGCGCCAUCUUCACCUGGGUGCGGCCGGAGAUCCAAAAGGACCCGGAACUGCUCGCCGUCUCUCCUGCGGCCAUGCGCGAUCUCGGCCUGGCUCUGUCCGAGGCCGACACGGACGAGUUCAAGCAGACCGUGGUCGGGAACAAGCUGCAGGGCUGGGACCCAGAGACACUUUCGGGUCCGGGCUACCCCUGGGCCCAGUGUUACGGCGGUUUCCAGUUCGGCGACUGGGCAGGGCAGCUGGGCGACGGGCGAGCCAUCAGCUUGUUUGAAGCCACCAACCCGCACACGGGAGUCCGGUACGAAGUGCAGCUCAAGGGGGCAGGCAUGACCCCCUACAGCCGAUUCGCCGACGGCAAGGCCGUGCUGCGCAGCAGCAUCCGCGAGUUUGUCGUCAGCGAGGCACUGAAUGCGCUGGGGAUUCCCAGCACAAGGGCGCUCGCCAUCAGUCUCCUGCCUCACAGCAAGGUUCGGCGGGAGCGGAUCGAGCCCGGGGCCAUCGUAGUCCGGUUCGCCCAGUCCUGGCUGCGCUUCGGCAACUUUGACAUUCUCCGUGCCCGCGGGGAGAGGGACCUGAUCCGACGCUUAGCAGACUAUAUUGCCGAGGACGUCUUUGGCGGCUGGGACAAGCUCCCGGGUCGCCUCGCAAACCCAGAGGAUCCUUCCCAAACCCCCGACCCAGCCCGCAACAUCUCCAAGGACGCCUUUGAAGGCCCCGAAGGCGCCGAAGAGAACCGCUACAUGCGCCUGUAUAGGGAAAUCAUACGGCGCAACGCCCUGACGGUCGCCAAGUGGCAGGCCUACGGCUUCAUGAACGGCGUGCUCAACACCGACAACACCUCCAUCUUCGGCCUGUCCAUCGACUUUGGGCCCUUCGCCUUCAUGGACAACUUCGACCCCAGCUACACGCCCAACCACGACGACUUCCUACUGCGCUACAGCUACCGCAACCAGCCGACCAUCAUCUGGUGGAACCUGGUGCGGCUGGGCGAAGCCCUCGGCGAGCUGAUCGGCUCCGGGCCGGGCUGCGACGACCCGACAUUCGUCAGUUCAGGCAUAACCGAAAAAACAGCGCCGCCGCUCGUCGCCCGCGCCGAGAAGCUCAUCAACCAGGCUGGCGAGGAGUACAAGUCUGUCUUCCUGGCCGAGUACAAGCGGCUGAUGACCGCCCGACUUGGGCUGAAAUCCCAAUCCCCCUCCGAUUUUGACACCCUCUUCUCCCCCUUACUCGACACACUGCAGGCGCUCGAGCUAGAUUUCCACCUCUUCUUCCGGCGCUUGUCCUCACUCCGCGUGUCCGCCAUCGCCACCGAGGGGGACCGCCUGGCCCAUGCCUCACGCUUCUUUUACAAGGAAGGCUCGACCGCCACGCAGAAAGACGAGGCGGCCGCCCGGAAGCGCAUCGCCGACUGGCUGGCCGUCUGGCGCGAGCGCGUGGUCCAGGACUGGGGCACGCUCGAGACGUGGGGCAGCAGCGACGGCAGCGGCGGCUGUGCCGUCUCGGACGAGGCCGACGAGCAGCGCAUGGCGGCCAUGAAAAAGGUCAACCCCAACUUUGUGCCGCGCGGCUGGAUUUUGGACGAGGUGAUCCGGCGCGUCGAGAAGGGCGGCGAGCGCGAGAUUCUGAAGCGUGUCAUGCAUCUGGCGCUGCACCCCUUCGAGGACAGUUGGGCCGGCCGGACGUUCGACGGGGUGCCCUACCAAGGGGACAAGGAAGAGGAGGUGCGGUGGACAAGCGAUGUGCCUAGGUCAGAGAGGGCUCUACAGUGCAGCUGUAGUUCUUAAGUGGUUGAUGGUUUCCCUAACCUUUUCUCUUCCUGCUCGGUUUGCAGUUAAGAGGACAGCAAAAGUAGAUGAGAUGUAAUCUUCAUGCUUGUACUGCACUAAUGAUUCACCUCUGUGGUCGAGAUAUGAUCGUUUCUCCUAGACAACUGCAUCUCCCUCAGGAGCCGCCGACUUACUCGACGACCAGAGGGCAUUCUGCU